AUGGCCCCGCUUGUCGACAACCCCCAGAUCAAGCAGGCCAGCCUGCACAACCCGCUGCCGCUGCAGCUGCACACGUACAUCUGGCCCUUUUUGAUAGUGUGGCCCGCCUUCUCCGCCAUAUACUUUUCGCCGCAGCGCUACGAGCAGUACAUCCAGUCGUCGGAAUGGACCUUUGUCUGGGUCGCCAGCAUCACCACCUUCCAGUCGCUCUUCUGGCUGAUGACGCACUGGAACGUCAACCUCAAGAGCGCCUUCACCACCACCUCGGCCAGCGACGUGCGCUCGGCAUCGCUUAUCAAAGUGCAGCCCGUCAAGAACGCGGGUGCCGCUGAGAUUGUCCCAUUGGUGCGCGACAAUGUGGGCGGAAAGUCGAACCUUUCCUUCCUCUUCCAGAAGCGCCGUUUCCUCUACGACGCCGAGAAAGGCUCCUUCGCCCCGCUGUCCUACCCGCUCGACAUCGAACCCAAGCCCCAGCUCAAGACGUUCCAGCAGACGCAGGGCCUCACCUCGCCCGCCGAGAUUGAGCGCCUCACCCAGCACUAUGGCGACAACGCGUUCGACAUCCCCGUCCCAACCUUCACCGAGCUGUUCAAGGAACACGCCGUCGCGCCCUUCUUCGUCUUCCAGAUCUUCUGCGUUGGACUGUGGAUGCUGGACGAAUACUGGUACUACUCGCUGUUCACGCUGUUCAUGCUGGUCGCUUUCGAGAGCACCGUCGUGUGGCAGAGGCAGAGGACCCUGAACGAGUUCCGCGGCAUGAGCAUCAAGCCCUACGAGAUUCUGGUGUACAGGCAGAAGAAGUGGCAGGAGAUCAUGAGCGACAAGCUGCUACCCGGCGAUGUCGUCAGCGCAGGCCGGACCAAGGAAGACUCUGGUGUGGCAUGCGACAUGCUCCUACUCGAGGGCUCCGCGAUUGUAAACGAGGCUAUGCUUUCCGGAGAGAGCACACCGGUGCUCAAGGAAUCCGUACAAUUGCGACCUGGCGAUGCGCGCAUCGAGCCUGAGGGUCUGGACAAGAACUCGUUCCUCUGGGGCGGCACCAAAGUGCUCCAGGUCUCGCACGGUAGCGACGCUGAGGAGGAUGGCGGCAACGUCACUAGGCUUUCGUCUGGAGUCCCGCCACCACCGGACAAGGGCGCUGUUGCUGUUGUUAUCAAGACUGGUUUCGAGACCAACCAGGGCAGCCUCGUCAGGACCAUGAUCUUCGCUACCGAGCGCGUCUCAGCCAACAACGUCGAAGCCCUCUUCUUCAUUCUCUUCCUUACCGUCUUCGCCGUCGCUGCCUCGUGGUACGUCUGGCAGGAGGGUGUCAGACUCGACCGCCAGCGUAACAAGCUGCUCCUCGACUGCGUCCUCAUCGUUACCAGCGUCGUCCCUCCCGAGCUUCCCAUGGAGCUCAGCUUGGCUGUCAACACCUCCCUCGCUGCUCUGAGCAAGUACGCCAUCUUCUGUACCGAGCCCUUCCGCAUUCCCUUCGCUGGGCAGGUCGACGUUGCCUGCUUCGAUAAGACCGGCACUCUGACUGGUGAAGACUUGGUCGUGGACGGCAUUGCUGGGCUAUCAUUGGGACAAGAUGGAGCUACAGUUGCCGCAGACGGCGCGCACACCGAUCUCGCAAAGGUUACAGACGUCGCUACGGAGACAACGCUGGUGCUCGCCGCCGCUCACGCCUUGGUCAAACUUGACGAUGGUGAGACUGUUGGAGAGCCUAUGGAAAAGGCAACCCUCCAGUCUCUCGGCUGGAAACUCGGAGCGAAGGACACACUUCAAGCCACCAUGACUACCCCCAAAUCCCAAGCCGAACUCGUACACAUCCGUCGCCGCUUCCAAUUCUCGUCCGCUCUCAAACGCCAGAGCUCCGUCGCUACCGUCAUCGUCAACAACACCAAGACUGGCCGCAAGGUCAAGAGCACAAUCGCUGCAGUCAAGGGCGCGCCCGAGACUAUUCGCAAGAUGUUGGUCAACACCCCGCCGAACUACGAAGAGACUUUCAAGCACUUCACCCGUAAUGGUGGCCGUGUCCUCGCUCUUGCAUACAAGUUCAUCUCCGAAGAGGGCGAGUGGGGCCAGAACCGCAUCAACGACCUCAAGCGUGAGCAAGUCGAGUCUGACUUGCACUUUGCUGGUUUCCUCGUCCUCCAGUGCCCUCUCAAGCCUGACGCUGUCGAGGCUGUCCGUUCCCUCAACGAGUCCAGCCAUCGUGUUGUCAUGAUUACUGGUGACAACCCGUUGACCGCUGUCCAUGUCGCCAAGCAGGUCGAGAUCGUCGACCGCGAUUGCUACAUCCUUGAUGCACCUGAGAAUGACGACUCCGGCGAGAAACUUGUCUGGCGCAGCGUUGACAAGGUGAGCAUUCCUGUCGACCCUACAAAGCCUCUGGACGCCGAGAUCUUGAAGUCUAAGGACAUCUGUCUUACUGGAUACGCCCUUUCGAAAUUCGCUGGCCAGCCUGGAUGGAAGCAAAUUCUGCGAUACACCUGGGUCUACGCUCGUGUCUCGCCAAAGCAGAAGGAGGAAAUCCUUCUCGGUCUCAAGGACUGCGGUUACACUACACUCAUGGCUGGUGACGGCACCAACGAUGUUGGUGCGCUGAAGCAGGCUCACAUUGGUGUCGCUCUUCUCAACGGUACUCGCGAGGAUCUUGACAAGAUUGGCGAGCACUUCCGCAACACUCAGAUGAAGAACGUCUACGAGAAGCAGUGCAACCUCAUGACACGAUUCAACCAGCCCCAGCCGCCCGUUCCGAUCAUGAUCGCGCAUCUCUACCCACCUGGUCCCACCAACCCUCACUACGAGAAGGCUAUGGAGAACCAAGCGAAGAGGAAGGGUCUACUUCCCGGAGCCAACGGCGUUGCUAACGGAUCGGCAUCUACUGGUACCCUUGUUCAACAGCAACCUGGUCAAGUUCAGCCUCCUCAGGCCGCCGCCAACUUCGCUCAGCAAAUGCAAGAGAAGAUGAUGGCACAAGAGAUGGAAGAGUUGGCCGGUGAGCCUCCGACCAUCAAGCUUGGUGAUGCCUCCGUCGCUGCGCCCUUCACCUCUAAGCUCGCCAAUGUCGUUGCCAUUCCCAACAUUAUCCGCCAAGGCCGUUGCACACUCGUCGCUACAAUCCAGAUGUACAAGAUUCUUGCUCUCAACUGCUUGAUCUCCGCCUACAGUCUGUCAGUCCUCUACCUGGAUGGUAUCAAGUUCGGCGACGGCCAGGUCACCAUCUCCGGUAUGAUGAUGAGUGUUUGCUUCCUGUCCAUCUCGCGCGCAAAGACCGUCGAGACGCUAUCGAAAGAACGUCCCCAGCACAACAUCUUCAACACAUACAUCAUCGGCUCCGUACUCGGACAGUUCGCUAUCCACAUCAUCACCCUCAUCUACGUCAGUCAAUACGUCCAGCGCGUUGAGCCCAAGGACCCCAACCCAGAUCUAGAGAAGGACUUUGAGCCAUCUCUGCUCAACUCCGCAAUCUACCUCCUGCAACUCAUCCAACAAAUCUCCACCUUUGCCAUUAACUACCAAGGCCGACCUUUCCGCGAGUCCAUCCGCGAAAACAAGGGCAUGUACUGGGGUCUCGUCUCCGUCUCCGGUGUCGCCUUCUCCUGCGCCACCGAGUUCAUCCCCGAACUCAACGAGAAGCUCAAGCUCGUCCCCUUCACCACCGACUUCAAGAUCAUGAUUACAAGCAUCAUGGCAUUCGACUUCGUUGCCUGCUACAUCAUUGAGAAGGGUCUGAAGUUCUUCUUCUCGGAUAACAAGCCAAAGGAUAUUGCCGAGCGAAGACCGGAUCAGUUGCAACAGGAGGAGAAGAGGAAAGCAAGGGCUGAGAUUGAGGCCCAGAGGAAGAAGAAUGAGGAGGCGGAGAUGAAGGCUGCUGCUGCCGGGUUGGUCAAGCGGUAG